CGCCUCCACCUCCUCCUCCCUCUGCGAGGCUGGGCUGGCGGCGGCGGCGAGAGCCGGAUGACCCGCGGAGGGGCGCCUCGGCCAUGACUGCGGAGCUGCAGCAGGACGACGCGGCCGGAGCAGCCGACCGACACGGCUCGGAGAUUGAAAUCAAUACAAGGAUUUCUGGGCUAAGUUGGUGAGAGUGAAACACUGGUUUGGGAGAAAAUCAAAAGGCUGAUAAUGCCGUGUGUAGAAACUUGAGCUGCCAAAUGCUGUUAAACCAACUAAGAGAAAUCACAGGCAUUCAGGACCCUUCCUUUCUUCAUGAAGCUCUGAAGGCCAGUAAUGGUGACAUCACCCAGGCAGUCAGCCUUCUCACCGAGGAAAGAGUUAAAGAGCCCAGUCAAGACACUGUUGCUACAGAACCAUCUGAAGUAGAGGGCAGCGCUGCCAACAAAGAAGUUUUAGCAAAAGUGAUAGACCUUACCCAUGAUAACAAAGAUGAUCUUCAAGCUGCCAUUGCUUUGAGCCUACUGGAAUCCCCCAAAAUUCAAGCUGAUGGAAGAGAUCUGAACAGGAUGCAUGAGGCAGCCUCUGCAGAAACGAAACGCUCCAAGAGAAAACGCUGUGAAGUCUGGGGAGAAAAUCCCAAUCCUAACAACUGGAGGAGAGUCGAUGGGUGGCCCGUUGGGCUGAAGAAUGUUGGCAAUACAUGUUGGUUUAGUGCUGUUAUUCAGUCUCUCUUUCAACUGCCUGAAUUUCGAAGACUCGUCCUCAGCUAUAGUCUACCGCAGAAUGUGCUUGAAAACUGUCCGAGUCACACGGAAAAGAGAAAUAUUGUGUUUAUGCAAGAGCUUCAGUAUUUGUUUGCUCUGAUGAUGGGAUCAAAUCGCAAAUUUGUAGACCCUUCAGCAGCCCUGGAUCUCUUAAAGGGAGCGUUCCGAUCACCUGAGGAACAGCAGCAAGAUGUGAGUGAAUUCACACACAAGCUCCUGGAUUGGCUAGAGGACGCAUUCCAGCUAGCUGUGAGUGUGAACAGCAAUCCCAGGAACAAAUCUGAAAAUCCAAUGGUGCAGCUUUUCUACGGUACUUUCCUCACUGAAGGGGUUCGUGAAGGAAAGCCCUUUUGCAACAAUGAGACCUUCGGCCAGUAUCCCCUUCAGGUAAAUGGUUAUCGCAACUUAGACGAAUGUUUGGAAGGGGCCAUGGUGGAGGGUGACAUUGAGCUGCUUCCUUCCGAUCAUUCGGUGAAGUACGGGCAAGAGCGUUGGUUUACAAAGCUACCUCCAGUGUUGACCUUUGAACUCUCAAGAUUCGAGUUCAAUCAGUCCCUUGGUCAGCCAGAGAAAAUUCACAAUAAGCUGGAAUUUCCUCAGAUCAUUUAUAUGGACAGGUACAUGUACAAGAGCAAAGAGCUUAUUCGAAGUAAGAGAGAGUGUAUUCGAAAGUUGAAGGAGGAAAUAAAAGUUCUGCAGCAAAAACUGGAAAGGUACGUGAAGUACGGCUCAGGCCCAGCUCGGUUUCCACUCCCGGACAUGCUGAAAUACGUUAUCGAAUUUGCCAGUACAAAACCUGUCCCAGAAAGGUCCACGUCUCAAAGCGAUGCGCACAUGACGUUACCGCUUUCUUCAGCACACUGCCCAGUUUCUGACCCGGCAUCCCAGGAAAGUACAAGUAAAGAAAGCUCUUCUCAGGAUGUUGAAGGUACCUUUUCUUCUGAAGAUCCUCUACCCAAAUCUAAGGCAAUGAAUAAGCCACUUGCAUCUUCCCGGUCUUCAAUGGAAAUGCCUGCACAGCCAGCUCCUCGAACCGUCACAGACGAGGAGAUAAACUUUGUUAAGACCUGUCUUCAGAGGUGGAGGAGUGAGAUCGAACAAGAUAUACAAGAUUUAAAGAAUUGUAUUGCAAGCACCACCCAGACUAUUGAGCAGAUGUAUUGUGACCCUCUCCUUCGUCAGGUGCCUUAUCGCUUGCAUGCUGUUCUUGUUCAUGAAGGGCAAGCAAACGCUGGACACUACUGGGCCUAUAUCUAUAAUCAACCCCGACAAGUCUGGCUCAAGUACAAUGACAUCUCUGUUACUGAAUCUUCCUGGGAAGAACUUGAAAGAGAUUCUUAUGGGGGCCUGAGAAAUGUUAGUGCUUACUGUCUGAUGUACAUUAACGACCAGCUACCGCACUUCAAUGCAGAGGUAGCCCCAAGCGAAUCAGAUCAGAUGUUGGGAGAAGUGGAUGGCCUGUCUGUUGAACUGAAGCAUUACAUUCAGGAAGAUAACUGGAGGUUUGAGCAGGAAGUCGAGGAGUGGGAAGAAGAGCAGUCUUGCAAAAUCCCUCAAAUGGAAUCCUCCACGAGCUCAGCAUCCCAGGAUUUCUCUCCAUCCCCAGAGCCUUCAGCAACCGCCUCGCACGGGGUCCGCUGCUUGGCGUCGGAGCACGCUGUGAUUGUCAAGGAGCAGACGGCGCAGGCCAUCGCGAACAGCGCGCACGCCUACGAGAGGAGCGGCGUGGAGGCGGCGCUGAGCGAGCUUAAAGAAGCUGAACCCAGGAAGCCCAUGCCCCCGGAAACAAACCUUGCAGAGCAUUCAGAGCAGGCCCCGAAGGCGAAGGACGCAGAGUCUGCCGCCCCGCCUAAUUCUGAGGCCUCUGAAGUCGAGAUUCCCAGUGUGGGAAGGAUUCUGGUUAGAUCUGAUGCAGAUGGAUAUGAUGAGGAGGUGAUGCUGAGCCCCGCCAUGCAAGGGGUCAUCCUGGCCAUAGCUAAAGCCCGCCAGACCUUUGACCGAGAUGGGUCUGAAGCAGGGCUGAUUAAGGCGUUCCAUGAAGAAUACUCCAGGCUCCACCGGCUUGCCAAAGAGACGCCCGCUUCACACAGCGACCCUCGGCUCCAGCACGUGCUAGUCUACUUUUUCCAAAAUGAAGCGCCCAAAAGAGUAGUAGAACGGACCCUCCUGGAACAGUUUGCAGAUAAAAAUCUUAGCUAUGAUGAAAGAUCCAUCAGCAUCAUGAAGGUGGCUCAAGCUAAACUGAAGGAGAUUGGUCCAGAUGACAUGAAUAUGGAAGAGUACAAGAAGUGGCACGAAGAUUAUAGUUUGUUUCGAAAGGUGUCUGUGUAUCUCCUCACAGGCCUGGAACUCUACCAAAAAGGAAAGUACCAAGAGGCACUCUCCUACCUGGUCUAUGCCUACCAGAGCAAUGCCGCUCUGCUGAUGAAGGGGCCCCGCCGCGGGGUGAAGGAAUCGGUCAUCGCUUUGUACCGAAGAAAAUGCCUUCUGGAGCUGAAUGCCAAAGCAGCUUCUCUCUUUGAAACAAACGAUGACCACUCUGUAACUGAGGGCAUUAAUGUGAUGAAUGAGUUGAUCAUUCCCUGCAUUCACCUUAUCAUUAAUAAUGACAUCUCCAAGGAUGACCUCCAUGCCAUUGAGAUCAUGAGAAACCAUUGGUGCUCUUACCUUGGGCAAGAUAUCGCUGAAAAUCUACAGCUGUGCUUAGGAGAGUUUCUACCCAGGCUUCUGGAUCCUUCUGCAGAAAUCAUUGUCCUGAAGGAGCCUCCGACCAUUCGGCCCAAUUCUCCCUAUGACCUUUGUAGCCGAUUUGCAGCUGUCAUGGAGUCAAUUCAGGGGGUUUCCACUGUGACAGUAAAAUAAGCCCCCACACGGUCAAGGCCCAGUUUGGUCUGAGGCCGCCUGCCUGUUGUACAGAAGUCUGUUGUCACAGUGUUUCCCCUGGGGGAAGGGGUUAGGUGGGAAAGUAAGAUUCAGAUCCAGUCCCCAACCAUGCUAAAGAAGGAUUGAAAAUAAAAUUGCACUUUUUAGGUACAGAAUCAGAAAAGCAAUUUCGCUAAAAAAGACAAGAACCGUUGUGUGUUAAGCUAUUGAAUUAUGUCAGAAGACCUGAAAUGCCCCUUGUACCUGCAAGAGUGCUUGGGCUUUGGUAGGCCUCUUACUGCUUUUAAAAUUAUCCUUCAGGCAUAAGUAUUUUUGACAGUGGAAUAGAAGGGUGAUCCAUCAGAACCUGAGCCAGAUGAACAGCUACUAGUUAUUUUAUCAAAUACAGGUGACAUUUAAAAGUUCUUAACUGCAAGAGAUGAGACAUCUAAACCUCUGCCGGUGUCUUGACAGGAGAUGACAAUGGGUUGCUGAUGAACUGCCGCCCUUUUACAUGUGGGUAGAAAUAUAAGGGCACGUGGCAGCAAGAUGCUGCAAAGUCAAAAGAAAGCUGCCUUUCCUCUCCUCUCUCUCUCUCUCUCUCUUAUUUUAUAUUUUUAAAUAAACCAGAAAAACCUCACACUCAGUCCUGAGUGAAAGAAAGCAAAGCACUAAGGACCGCAGACGGAACGGCAUUGUGAAACGUGAUCGAGACAGGAUAGCGUUGUGAGAGUUGUUCACCAUUUCAGUAAAAUCUUCUAGCAUCCGAAAAUUGUCAACAACAGAUGUCUAAGGCUGCUGCUGGCCCGAAAGAACAUUUGGAUGCCCCUCCCCUUUUUUUUUUGCUUUGGAAAGAGAAGGGCUGUGGCUUUUGUAAAAAGAAAAAAAUCUAUCUAUAUAUAUGUAUAUGUAGAGAGAGAAAUAUCCCCUGUUGACCAUUUUUAAAAGGCUCCAGAUUGGAUAUUGUGUUUUAACCAAAUUUUAACGUGAAUGAGGGAAUAGUGGGCGGGAAGAACACUUGAUACAACUAUGCAGAUUUUAUAAAUGUGCAAUAAAAGUAUUUGUUGUA